AUGUUUGAGUUUCGAACAACACAGGAAGAGGGAUUGCUGAUGUAUUCAAAUUAUUAUGGAAAAUACAACAAUCUUCAGGUUGCAAUAAUUGGAGGUGCCAUCCAGCUCCGGGUGACUUUUGUGGAGCAGAAGGAACAAAAUGUAGAGAUUGUUCUCGGGAGCAACAUGAACAAAGGCAACUGGCAUUCUAUUCAAGUAAAGAGAAACCGGAUGGAGACCACUUUAUUGGUAGAUGGCAUUCAAUCUAGCAAGGUUGCUUUUAGAGAUGAUAUUUGGGAUGAGCUGGAUAAUAAUAACGACAUUUACUUUGGUGGCGUUCCACGCAGUGUCAUCGAUGAUCAAGUUGAGUCGCUCAUCUCAUCCAAAGUGUUGGAGACUCCAUUCCAGGGAGAGAUUAGGAACGUUGUUUAUUUCAAUUGCUCCUGCAUCCCUGUCAGAGCGUCAAUGCUAGAGGGUGUUGGUGUUAGCACUGAGCCCAAAGAAGCCUGUGAUAUAAGGAACCCCUGCCCAACAGGCUGCCACUGUGUCAGUGGCAACGAUGGACCUGGAUGUACAUGUGACUACAGACAAGAAUGUCUGAAAGACUUACUGGCACAUUAUCAGUUGCCAAUGGAUAGCCUAGACAAGGAUUUGAUCCACAAUCCUUCAGGACUGGAUGCUAGAGUGUAUGGAAAUCCUCAGAUGGUGCGCGGCAUUCAUGAGAUGGCACUGAGGCUCGAUGGAAGGUCACAGUGGAUCCGCGUGAGUGGUCCUGGACAUAAGAAGGAAUGCUUUGGUGACCUGGAUCACUGCCCCAAAGGUAACAUCUUUGUCUUUGGCUCCAUUUACAU